AUGGUACAAAAUCACUUCCAAUGGGGAGGUGAGCGAACACCUAUAGAGAAACCACCACUAAAGAGUGGAAUAUAUGAAUUUAAUGGCAUAAACCGUGUCAAUGAUAAAGUGGAUGCACUUACCCAAAAGAUUGAAAGUUUGACCGUAACUCCAGCAACUAUUGUAGCUGCUGUGACACCCAACUGCGAAUUAUGUGGAACACCUGAGCACAACACCGUUGAAUGUCAUUUAUUGGUUGGUAUUCCAACCGACCAAGUAAAAUAUGCCCAAAGGAACCCAUACUCAAACAUCUAUAGCCCUGGCUGGAGAAACCAUCAUAAUUUUUCCUACAAGAGCAACAAUGCUUUGUUUCUUAGACAUCAUCGACGAAUGCGUAAGAGAAAUGAAGUUGUGCUAUCUCUUGGAAUUUUCGAUACUCUUAAUGUCAUGGAUAAGAAUAUAGCUUUGAAAUUUAUGAGUGGUAAUUAUAACAAAAAAACCACAAUACUGUCUUUUUAUUCUGAGAUGAAACUAUUCUCAACUAUUCUGAAGGUCCUUGCCAUUCAACAUGACACUAUUCUUCUUAAUGAGAUUCAGGAAAUGUGUGAUAGGUAUCAUUAUCUAGUAACCAAGUGCACUUCAACUUCUUAUGCUUUUAAUCUUCUCGAGGAAAGAUGUGGUUAUUUUGAUAUGAUGUUGAUUGAUCUUUGUAUGCCAAACAUGGACUCGUAUCACUUUAUUCAAUAUGUAACCCUACAACACAAAAUCCCUGUCAUUGUGAUUUCUUCUGAUGCCACAGAAAGUUCUGUCCUAAAGUCUAUAAUUCAUGGCGCAUGUGAUUAUUGGGUUCAACCUCUGCAUGAAAAACAAUUCAAGACUAUGUGGCAACAUGUUGCCAGAAAAACUUUGAUGGAGAAUAAAGAACAUCAAGAUCUUGGAUUCUUGAAGGUUCGAACUGAUAAAGAACCUGAAGUUCUUGAAAUCUUGGAGACCGAAAGUCAUAAAGAACAUCAAGAUCUUGGAUUCUUGAAAGCGCAACUCCAUAAAGAACCUGAAGUUCUUGAAAUCUUGGAGACUGAAAGUCAUAAAGAACAUCAAGAUCUUGGAUUCUUGAAAGCGCAAAGCCAUAAAGAACAUGAAGUUGUUGAAAUCAUGGAGGGUCCUCGGCAUGAAAGAAAACGGGAGAGAGAAGAUGAUAAACCUGGAAAAGAAACAGGUGGAAAAAAGAGUCGGUUAUCAUGGACGCCGCAACUGCAUCAACAGUUUGUAAAUGCUGUGAACCAACUUGGCGUAGAUGAGGCAAAACCUAGAAAGAUUCUCAAAGUUAUGGAUGUUUCUGGUUUAGCAACAGCACAGGUUGCAAGUCAUUUGCAGAAGUAUAGAAAUUAUUUGAAGAGACCAAAGUCAAAGAAAAGUCCAACUGAGUGUCUUAAUAAAACAUGGUUAGAAUCUGAACAUGCUAACUCAAUGAUAGAACAAGACCAAAGUCCUCAACUGAAUUUAACUCUUCAAAGUGAUAAUAUCUCUGAAACACAACAACAUUCAACAGAUGUCGGCGAUUAUCGAGUCUCCGACAUUAUGAACAACGAUUUUCUUCCUGAUCCAUCUGACUUGCUCUUUGAUUUAGAUGAUGAGUUAAUAUCAUUAUUAUUUUAAAGCAUCUGAAUGAGAUAUACAAUUGCAAGGUGGUGACUGAUUCAGAUGAAAGCAUAGAAUGAAGAUAUAUUCAUUUAUUCUUAAUGUAAUUAACUAUUCUAACACUUUCUGUUUUUUUAACUUUCUGUUUUUUUAGCUUUCUAUUCAUGAGUCA